UAGUCAGAACAAAUUCGAAUACUAGUCGUGGACGCUAUCUAGCUAUUUAUAUUCGAAAUACAUAGCUAGCUAAUUUUAUAAUUUUCAUUUUCAUUAACAAUGAAAAUCUCCGACAGUAAAUCAAUGGCGAAAGAGGAGGAGGAGGAAGAAGAGGAGCCCGUGAGUCCGACUGGGCGAAUGAUGCAGGCACCAAAAUUCAAUCUCUUCAUAAUAAUAUUAAUGGGUUAUAAUACAAAAAUCGAGCCCUCAUUAUACAAGAAGUGCAUGCAGCAAACCUUGCUCAAGCACCCUCGUUUCUCCAGCACUCUCGUGGCGAGCGGCGGCAGGUUCCGGUGGAGACGGACGGCGGUGGACAUCGACAGCCACGUCUUCGUACCGGAGGUGGGCCCCGCGGCCGUGGAAUCCCCGGACGAGUUCGUGGCGGACUACGCGUCGAGCUUGUCGGAGAUUCCGAUGGACACGGCGAAGCCGCUGUGGGAGUUCCACAUUCUGAACGUGAAGACCUCGGACGCGGAGGCGGUGGUGGUGAUGAAGAUCCACCACUCGCUGGGGGACGGCGUGUCGCUCAUAGCGCUCACGCACGCCUGCUCGAGGAAGAUCCACGAUCCGGAUUCUUUGCCGGUGCUGCCGGCGUCGAACAACCCGAGAAAAGGCGGAAGCGGAGGGGCGGCGAUGCGGCUGCUCAAGGCCGUUUGGACGGUGGUUUUGAUUUUGUUUUACACCUUGGUGGAUAUGACGGCGUUUGUUGCGACGUUGUUGUUUCUGAGAGACGUGCAGACUCCGGUGAGAGCCGGACGCGGCGUUAAACUUUGUCGGAAGAGAUUUGUGCAUAGGAUCGUUAGUCUUGACGACGUUAAGCUUAUCAAGAACGCCAUGAACGUGAGCGUUAAUGAUGUUAUGAUCGGAGUCACAGAGGCCGGUCUCAGUCGUUAUCUCAACACAGCAUAUGAGGAAAAUAGAGAAAAUGGGGCAGAAAUCAACGAGAAGAGCAGUAAUUUUCUACCAAGAAAUCUAGGCAUUAGAUCAACUGUUGUCUUUAACCUCAGAUCAUCUCCAACCAUUGAGGAUUUGGCUGAGAUGAUGGAAAAAGAGGAGUUGAAUGGAAUGUGGGGGAACAUAAUAGCAAUAGUUCUUAUUCCCUUCGGUAUUGAUUUGCAAGUCGACCCCUUGACAUACAUCCGUAGAGCAAAAUCCACCAUGGAUCGAAAGAAGCUCUCACUCGCUCACAAAUGGGCGUGCGUCGUCAUGAAACUAACGACGUCAAUGUUUGGAAUCAAGGCACCAGCGCGUAUGACAAGGACUGUUUUCAGAAACACAACCUUUUCUUUCUCUAAUGUGAUGGGUCCGACAGAGGAGGUCUAUUUAUUUGGACACCACUUAAGCUACAUUGCCCCUUCUGUUUGUGGAUUUCCUCAAUCAUUGAUCUUCCAUUACCAAAGCUAUGCUGAUAAGCUUAUUAUAUCCAUCGGCGCUGAUGAAAAGCUGAUCCCAAAUCCUUAUCAACUCUGUGAUGAUUUGAUUGGGUCUCUGCAAAAUAUCAAAGAAGCUGUAAUAGAAAGAGGGCGAGAAAAAGAAAAGAAAAACGAAAGCAAUUUGGCAAAAAUCCCAAAAUAGCAUCGACUUGAUUAGGAUCCAAAUUUGAAGCUCCGCUGCAAGUUCUUGAUUUGGUGACGAGCGUAAGGUUUUACAAAUGAUAUACUCCUAGCUAGCUAUGACAUAUCGACUUGAAAGAUUAUUUAUUUAGUUAUUUCUGAGUAGAUUGAAAGCUAUAAUUGUGGCUCAAACUAAUAUUGGUGGGGUUUGAAAAGAAAAUGUAUUUUUUUAAUUAUGACAAGCAAUCAACACAAGCUGGAUCAAAAUCGAAUGAUGCCAUUUCUCGUAGUCAUAGGCAUGCUUGAGAGCCAAUUAUCUGGUUAAGCAUCUUGCAAGGAUAAUUUUGUGGGAAUUUUCUUUCUGUCAUGUUUGAAAUGAGCCCCUGCUAUUGUGAUCCGCCUUCUCAUCUUUUCUUUUCUUGCUUAUGUAAAUAUUUUUUGUUUUUGUUUUCUUUUUUUAAAUUGAUGUUAGGUGUGAAACAUUAUUAUAAGUUUUAUAACCAUUCCCAUGUGGGAUUAAUUAACCGUAAUGCAUACCAAAUUUUGCUACAAAUGUUUAUAUGUUAUCAUGUUGUAAAAGCAUAUAGUUAAGGGUUGCCCUUCCAUCCACAUAUAUACUUUCACCAAUCCAUCCAUAUAUAUACUUUCACCAACCGUUGAGAAUCAUUGAAAACAUUAUCCCCUAAUUUUGCUCUAUAUAUGAAUAAUUGCACAUGAUGUACGUUACCUUUUUCCUUUUACCUAAUACUUGUCACUUGCAAAAGAAAAACAAACCAUUAACUCCAGCUAUAUUUGAAUUCAUUAAAUGGAUUGGAUGGUUCUUGUCACGUACAUUACCAGGCAAAUUCUUUUUAGUGGUAUAUAGUUGAUGGGGUGAAUAAUUAAUAUCUCAAAAUCUAACAGUUAAUCAUCUCUAUAUAUGUUAGUCACUUAUAUAAGGUAAGCAUGUUAAUCAAAGUAGGACAUUGAUAAUCACUCGUAUUGACUUUUCCACUCGCACACGAUCUUUCACUUUUGCAUUCCCCAAUUUUUCGAUCCACCUCCACGCUUCAAUACUCUAGGGUUUCGAUUGUCCGACUAUACAGCUCGGACGUCUUUCGCCCCUCCUUUCACAGCCUCAAUAGUCUUCGAUCACCGGGACAUCUCGAUCUUCUUGAGAAACCAACUAUUGCUAGUUGUUUUACUGUUGCUCAUUACUUUUAAGUUAUUUACUUUUGUUAAUUUAUCAAUUAUGUCGAGAGUUAAUUUUUAACUCUAAUUAAUCAUUUAUUUUCGGGUAAUUUCUUUGUAUUUUAUCUUCUUCAUUUAUUGUUUAAUUAAGAGAAUUAUUAUGGUAAUUUUCGGAUAUCAAAAAGUAUGGAGAAGAAGGAACAAAUCAUCGAAGCCUUGAUCAACCAUAUUUUUAAGAAUGUUGGUUAUGUGCUUAACCAACAAGCAAACUUUGGUUUCAAGAAAACUCCAGCUGCCAUGAUUUUUCACCAUGUUUUCAACCUUUAUUUUCUUACCCACCAAGCAUAGAUUCAUCUAUAAAAAGGGGCGAAGACUAUUGCAUUCAUCACUAGUUCAUACAACCCAAAACACAAGUGAUGAGUCACAAGAUUGUGAAGCUACAUUCCAACAUCAACCUCAACAUCUAGUUUAUCACAUCUUGAAUGGGAGACUAGUGUGUCUAGCAUACCUUGAGUGAGAAACUCGUAUGUCUAGGGUUAGCUGAUAAUUAGUUAUUAUAUAUACCCAUUAGCUUCACUAAAAGUCUAGUUGUUGCUAGCAUUAUUGAUAAGAUUAGAAUGAUUUUUUUUUGUUUUUGAUAAAUUACAUAAGUAAAUAAAGAAAUUUAAAGACCGUGCGACGGAUGACUUGAACCCAAGAUCUCAGGUCUUAGGCAUUAACCUCCUACCGUUAGGCCAACGCACGCACAUUAGAAUGGAUUUCUUUUCUUAUUACUACUCAAUAAAAGGGAUUAUAUUGAAUGUUUUCGUGUAAUUCAUUGUAAAAGGAAUUUUUAUAAUGGAUUCACAACUGCAAUUAAUAAACAUUGCAGUAUAAAAUUAUUCCAUUAUGUGUACUUUAAUUUUCAGUUGCUUUACUGCUUUUCAUAUGGUAUUGUUGGGUUGAUUGUUCAAUCAUUCUAUCUAAUAUUUUUGGGUUUGCGAAAGCAACAAAACUUUCAAAUUCACUAAUUUAACCGUCGGGGGUCCUACCAUCGCACACUUGAUCGAUCUCAUUGAUUUUCUUCAGAGGGAUUUAACAUUGCUCGUGAUCUCAAGUUGUUAGUGCCCGUUAAUCCAAACGUGACUGACGUCACUUUUGUAAUUGUUGAAUUCAUUUCCAACAGUUAUUAUAUAUAAAAAUUAUAUCAUUCUUAUA